AUGCGCGUCGUAUCCUUCCAGCGAGUGGCACGUCCCAGGCUGAUUGUUCCCAAACAUCAUCGAUACCACUCAGCGCAAGUCUGGACACGACUGCAGCGCGUCAAUUCUGUCCAUUCAACACUCUUGACAUCUCCAUUGGCCUCGUCGCGUCCGCACGUCUCCGGGUGUCUGCCCACUGUCCAGCAGCACCGCGCCUCGUCCACGACAGCGUCGACAAUGGUGGAUCUCCAGGCCAUCUUCACGCCCGGCGUCCUCGAGGGCAUUCGCGAUUUCUGGUUCAGUCACGUCGGCGAUGAGGACAGCUUGAUCUGCCCCGCCCAGGAAGACGUUCAAGCCUGGUUCAUGGGCGGCGAGGACUUUGACAACCGAUGCAUAAACCAAUUCGUGCCAGUUCUGGAGGCCAUCAAAGCUGCCCAUGUGUCCUCUGGCAAAGCCAUUGUCGAGGCCGCCCAAGUCAAGACGCCGUUGGACUACCUGAGUCUCCUGCUGCUGCUCGACCAGCUGCCGCGCAACUGCUACCGCGGCAUGUCAUCAGAGAUUGUCUUUCGCUACUACGACCCUCUGGCGCGGGACGUCGCCGAAAUGGCCCUGGCCGCCGGUGCCCUCGAGGACCCGUCCAUCCGGUGGGUCAUCUGUCGCAGGAUGUGGUUUUACCUGCCUCUCGUUCAUUCAGAGGAUCUGCCCACGCACAGUCGCGCGAUGCAGAUGUGCGAGGAAUUUGUCACGGACAUGGAGGCCCUGGUCGACCCGACGACGAGCCAGGUGGACGCUGAUGAGGCCAGAGCCAGGGCAGCCAAGGUGGUCGACGGCAAGACGGCGGUGCUGGACCUGGCCAAGUUGCAACUAUCGAUGGAGGAGAAGCACAUGGAUAUUAUCAAGGAAUUUGGGCGUUAUCCCCAUCGCAAUGCACCGCUGGGCAGGGUGUCCAGCAAGGAGGAGGAGGCGUAUCUCGCAAACGGAGGCGAGAGUUUUGCGCCGCCUGCCAAAGAUAAGCAGCAAGCGUGA